UACCACAUGCUCACAUUGAUUAUCAAAGGUUAACAUGAAUUGCAGUAUACCUAUAUAUAUAGAGUUAAGUGCUUGGUGAAAGCACAGAAACAUUGAGCUUCUUUUGAGAAAGAGAAAAAUAGAAAAAGAGUUACCAUGGCAAACAAGUUCCAUAUUCGCUCAAACAGUUUCCCUACUGGAUCUCAUCCUAGCAUCAGUAGAAUAGAGGAAGAGCUGACCAAGCUGAAAACUUGGGAAGCCAGUUCCACAUCCACAUCAAACUCAAUUGGCACUGGCUUGUCCUUGUUAUCAGAUUUGCUUAUUUGCNUGGAAGAUGUUCUCAACAUGGCUUCAACCCAGAAGCUGAUUUCUAACUAUCAAGGUGAGAAAUGCAUAGAAGAGCUUCUGGACGGUUCAGUGAGAAUCUUGGACAUCUGUGACAUCACAAGGGACACCUUGUUACAGAUUAAAGAAAAUGUUGAAUCCCUUCAUUCUGCUCUCAGAAGGAGAAAGGGGGACUCGAGCAUUGAAAGAAUUGUAGCCGAAUAUACAUUGUUCUCAAAGAAGAUGAAGAAGAAUGCCAAGAAGUUUAUGACAACUUUAAAGCAGAUGGAGAACAAAUUUGGAGUAUCCCCGGUGUUGGAUGAAGACCAACAACUUGUUUCUUUGAUNAGAGUGGUUAGGGAAGUCAUUGGAAUGAACAUGUCUGUCUUCCAAUCCCUGUUAGCUUUCUUGGCCGUGCCUGCUUCAAAGUCAAAGGCAACCAAAUGGAUAUUGGUAGAAAAAUUAAUGCAAAAGAGAGUGAAAGCAUGUGAAGAGAAUCAGAAGAAUUUGAACGAGUUGCAGUGUGUGGAAGCAUCUUUAAGCAGCCUUAUGAGUGAAGGAACCAAUUUUGCAAAGAUGGAAUCUGCAAAUGAAAGAUUGGAAGCUUUGGAGAAUGGAAUUGAAAGCAUAGAAAAUGGUUUGGAGAGCGUAUUUAGGCGCAUGGUUAGAACAAGAGCCUGCCUUUUGAACAUCAUGACUCAAUAGAAACUACACACUCUUCAGUCAUCAUUUUCUCUCCAAAUCCUCCAUAGCAUCCAAGUUUUAGGGAUCAACGAGGAUUGAAAAUUUUUGUCCUAUUAAUUUGUACAUGUACACAAUUCAAUAGUUAUAUAGAAUCAAAUACAGCAAAAUGUUACUUAUACUCUAUAUUCGAUA